ACACAUAAAAUCAGCAGCAGCUACUAACAUUCAGAGCAAUGCUGGUGGGAGCUUCUGAGACGCAGCUGAUGUGGGCAUGUGCACACACACCGUCUCCCAAUGGCACGGCAGCUCCUAGGAAAAUCAUUUUGAAAAGACCUGCAUGCCUAAGACUAUAGUUAAACUGAAAGUGAGAACCAAAAAUAAAAUAAAAAUAGCAAACAGCAGGCUCUUUUGACUGAGACUAAGCAUUUUGAAGCCAAAGAUUUUAAAGGGACUGGGAUGAGAGCAGUACCUGAAAGAGACUAAAACUUUGCAUUUCAAGCUGUGGAGCAUGUGACAGUUUUUCACAACAGGCAUGCCACUUUCAGCCUCAUAAAGGGACAGGAAAAGACCUGGAGAAAAUCCCGGAGGCCCCCUGGCCCCAGGAGCUGAAAGCCGUUCAGAGGAGAUCUGAACCCACCGACCCAGGAUGAAUGCCACACACCACCACAGAAUGCACACUUCUCUCCACUUCCGGAACCUCAGCACCUACAGGCUGCACAGCACCAACGCCAGCGAGCCCCUGGGAAAGGGCUACUCGGAUGGAGGCUGCUACGAGCAACUUUUCGUCUCCCCUGAGGUGUUUGUGACGCUGGGUGUCAUCAGCUUGUUGGAGAAUAUCCUGGUGAUCGUGGCAAUAGCCAAGAACAAGAACCUGCAUUCCCCCAUGUACUUUUUCAUCUGCAGCCUGGCCGUGGCCGACAUGCUGGUGAGCGUCUCCAACGGAUCGGAAACCAUCGUCAUCACCCUGCUGAACAGCACGGACACGGACGCGCAGAGCUUCACCGUGAACAUCGACAACGUCAUCGACUCUGUCAUCUGUAGCUCCCUGCUCGCGUCCAUCUGCAGCCUGCUCGCCAUCGCAGUGGACAGGUACUUUACUAUCUUUUAUGCUCUCCAGUACCAUAACAUCAUGACGGUGAGGCGGGUUGGGGUCACCCUGAGCUGCAUCUGGGCAGCCUGCACGGUGGCGGGCGUCCUGUUCAUCAUUUACUCAGACAGCAGCGUGGUCAUCAUCUGCCUCAUCAGCGUGUUCCUCACCAUGCUGGCCCUCAUGGCCUCCCUCUAUGUCCACAUGUUCCUCAUGGCCAGGCUUCACAUGAAGAGGAUUGCCGUCCUCCCGGGCACGGGCGCCAUCCGCCAAGGUGCCAACAUGAAGGGGGCGAUCACCUUAACCAUCCUGAUCGGGGUCUUUGUGGUCUGCUGGGCGCCCUUCUUCCUCCACUUGAUAUUCUACAUCUCCUGUCCCCAGAACCCAUACUGUGUGUGCUUCAUGUCUCACUUUAACUUGUACCUCAUCCUGAUCAUGUGUAACUCCAUCAUUGACCCUCUCAUUUAUGCACUCCGGAGCCAAGAGCUGAGGAAAACCUUCAGAGAGAUCAUCUGCUGCUACCCUCUGGAAAGUCUUUGUGACUUGUCCAGCAGAUAUUAAAUGUGGGGCAGAGGAGAUGCUGAAAAUAUGCACAGGAGAAUUUUUCAUUCUUAUGGAACCUGAGCAGGGUGCUUCCGUGACAGCUUCUUCUGUGGAGGGUAUUGGUUGAGAAUAUCUAUUGUAUAAAUAAAUUCAAGUUGUAUGAUUUGGGGUAUGCAAAAAAGGCUCAGUCUCUGUAUAUUUUUAAUGUCAUGUUGCUCUUUGGCUGUGUAAUGUUUGCAUGAAAACACCUUUGGCUGUGCAAUGUUAACCCAUAUUAUAGGUCGUAGACACUGUGGAUUUACUGAAAAGAAAAAAAAAAGUUCUUAUUAAAAGCUUAUCCAUGUCUCUUUCUUGUAACUGGUAAAGAUGUGACACUUUGCUUGUUGCAGUAACAUGGAAAUCACAGCCUCGUUAAAUGUAUUCUUAUCAAUGGUUUCUUAUGUUAAACUGGAUGUACAACCAUGUAAUGUAGAGAUUUGAGUCUCACAUUUAAGGGGGCAAUAUUAAAGAACAGAUGCUUACUCACUUGAAACAUCAGCUGAAAUUUCAAGUCAUUUAGUAAAACAUGUUCAUUCUCCCUGUAAGCAGUAGAAAUGAAGUUCCAAUUGACAGUAAAACAGCUAUUG